GCGCCGCUGGGGGAGGCCGGCGCGGACGGGAAGGGGCCGGCGGCUGCGGCGGCCAAUGCGAAACUGGCUGGUGCUGCUGUGCCCCUGUGUGGUCGGGGUCGCGCUGCACCUCUGGCUGCUGCUGAGCUGCCCCGGCAGCCACCCGGCAGGUCCACUGUCCUUCUUUCCUCAGUGGAAGCUGAAACAUUAUGAUGUUAUUGUAGGUGUUCUGUCAGCUCGGCACAAUCAUGAACUGCGCAGUGUUAUAAGGAACACUUGGUUCAAGCACCUGAAACAGCAUCCUGCCCUGAACCAACGUGUCCUUGUGAAGUUUAUAAUAGGUGCGCAUGGUUGUGCUGUGCCAGUGAAGGACAGAGAAGACCCCUACUCCUGCAAACUUCUGAACAUCAGUAACCCAGUUUUGAAUCAGGAAAUUGAAGCAUUCAGUCUCCCUGAGGACACACCUUCUGUGCUGUCUGAAGACAGAAUCGUCAGUGUGAACUUCCGUGUCCUUUACCCCAUUGUCAUUACCAGCCUUGGGGUAUUUUAUGAGCCCGAUGGGGUGGGAUUCCAGAGGAACAUCACUGUAAAGCUGUACCAGGCAGAACAUGAGGAAGCGAUCUUCAGUGCUCGCUUUAGUCCCCCAAGCUGUGGAGUGCAGGUGAACAGAUUGUGGUACAAGCCAGUGGAGCAGUUUAUUUUGCCAGAGAGUUUUGAAGGUACCAUUGUGUGGGAGAGCCAGGAUCUUCAGGGCUUAGUUUCAAGAAACCUUCAUAAAGUGAUGGUGAAUGAUGGAGGAGGUGUUUUCAGAGUCAUUACAGCAGGGGAAGGGUCACUGCCACAUGAGCUCACAGAAGGUGUGGAGGGAAUAGCAGGUGGUUUUAUCUACACUAUUCAAGAAGGUGAUGCUCUUUUAAAAAGCCUCCAUACUCGCCCAGAAAGAUUUGCAAGGCACAUAAAAAACCUUGAGAAAGAAGAUGCUUUAUUGAAGGAAGAAAGCAGUACCUAUGAUGACAUUGUUUUUGUAGAUGUGAUUGACACUUACAGAAACGUUCCCUCCAAACUGCUGAACUUCUACCGAUGGACAGUUGAAUCAACAAGUUUUGACUUGUUGCUGAAGACGGAUGAUGACUGUUACAUUGAUUUGGAAGCUGUUUUCAACAGGAUACUGCAGAAAAAAUUGGACAGGCCAAACAUUUGGUGGGGAAAUUUCAGACUGAAUUGGGCAGUUGAUCGAACUGGGAAGUGGCAAGAACUGGAGUAUCCAAGCCCUGCAUAUCCAGCCUUUGCUUGUGGGUCUGGCUAUGUCAUCUCCAAAGACAUUGUGCAAUGGCUGGCAAGCAACUCUGAAAGAUUAAAAACUUACCAGGGUGAAGAUGUGAGCAUGGGCAUCUGGAUGGCAGCUGUAGGACCCAAGCGAUAUCAAGAUGGUCUCUGGUUGUGUGAGAAGACAUGUGAGAGUGGCAUGUUGUCUUCCCCCCAGUACUCUCCCCAGGAGCUGGGAGAGCUCUGGAGAUUAAAGGAACUGUGUGGAGAUCCGUGUAGAUGUGAGGAAAGGUGAUGGACUU